AUGUCCAACAACUAUGUUUCCCACCUUAAGAACAGGGACCUCAUCAUCUAUGACUCCACCACCGAAAUUUGCUAUCAGUUUAUUCCCAAGAUACUCCGCCAAUACCCCCAUUUCGACUUGUCCUUGCGCCAGGGACACGGUGUUGUCAAUGGUCACCUUCAAACCAACCAGGUAUUCAUGCCGGGAGUGCAUGGGAAGGCUAUCCCAGUCGACUCGCUGGCACCCAUGGUUGCCCCAACCAAGGCCAAAGCUGACAUCUUGCAGCCCGAGAGACAGAAGCUGCAUCAGUUUCUUCUCGAGACUUCAGCUCGUCGUGAGAUGAAACAGGCUGAGUUCAUCGCCAAGAAGAAGGCCACCCAGCUCCAGGAUAGGGCUGAGGAAGUCCGCUCGAGCUCUAAGCUGUUCGGUCGCAUCCUCCAGUUUGGGGAUGUGGCAAAGGCCUGGCAGGCGAGCCGAACCGACGACAUUGAAGCCCACGAGAGCGACGUGGAUGAAGGACGGGUCAUCGAGGGCACGACAACAAGUGGUGGCAGUGGUGGAGAGAUGACGAAGACCAGCGCACCAAAGAAGGGCAAGGCUGUGGCCGUUGCCGACGCCGCUAAGCCUGCCGAGGCCGGCACGUCUAGGUCCGGUGCACUGCACUUCAAGAAAAGCAAGCCUGUGACCGCUGACGCCAUUGACAAGAACGCGAUGGUCACUGAGGAGUAG